AUGGAUACCAUAACGAAUAGUGACUCCUACGGUGCAACGACAACCGAUCACGUCAAAGGUGCUGCUGUCAAUCAGCAGCGCAACAAGAUGGACAUGACGAUAUGUAUAGAUCCCAAUAGGGGAAGCGAAGAUGCUGACGACAUGUCGAGUAGCAGACUCUCCAAAGCAACCUUGUUGCGUGGUAACCAUGCCCUGAAUUUUCAAUUUCUGAGGGAAGGAACCCUCUACGAUCGAGACCAUCAGGUCGAAGCCUUGACGGGAGCUUUGCAUCGACGACUCCGGCCUGAUUCGACGCCAGAAUUCGUGCUGAUUGCAGGUAUCACAGGCUCGGGUAAGACGGUACUCGCACGGAAACUCAAGCAACCAGUGCAAGACAAGGAUGGGGUAUUUGUCAUGGGGAAAUUUGAUCGCCCGAAGCAAUCACAGCCGUUUGCACCCUUGGUAGCUGCCAUGACCGAGUUUGUACGGCUGGUGCUCAAGAAAAGUAAUGAUGUUGUGGAUGAAAUAUCAGCAGAAAUAGUGUCACAAGUGGGGAAUGAUAUUGGGGUAUUGACAGUUCUAGUCCCAGCAUUGGAAGAUUUGGUGGGACGGCCAGCGGAAGGAUCUCUCUUUACUUUAAAGAGUGUGGAUGCAGCGGUGCGCCUAAAAGAGAUUUUUGUCAAAUUUGUCAAGGCUAUCUGUAUACGUCCAUUGGUGUUGGUGAUGGAUGACCUUCAGUGGGCGGAUUCUGGUUCCUUGGAACUCUUAGAAGCCAUUGUCUGUGACAAGGAAAAUCACGGUCUUGUGGUAGUGGGCAUAUGCCGAUCCAACGAAGUCUUCUAUACCCAUGACCUGGCUGUCAUGCUGCGGCGACUGGAAGACGAAAAACAUAUUCCCAUUCAGACCAUUGAUGUCAAAGGUUUGUCGAUUCGAGCCGCCAAUUCCUUGAUUGCAUCGGUUCUGCGAUCACCCGAACAAGAUUGCUUUGGAGUGACCAAUAUUAUUUACCGCAAGACGAAAGGGAACGUUUUGUUUACAGUGGAAUUUCUCAAGGCAUUGUUCGAAGAUAGCGUAUUAAAGAAAGAUCCGGUCAGUCGGACUUGGUUGUGGGAUGACGACUUAUGGGCCGCCAAAUUUGAGCAAGCGGACAGCAUUCUUCACCUUACACUCCGAAGAAUACAAAGGCUGCCGUAUGAAUGCCAGUCACUGUUACUGUACGCAGCAUGCUUGGGGACCGAGUUGGACGAAGACCUGCUGUCCAAAGUAUUUGUGGACUCGUUGACUGUGGGUGCGGAAGAAAAGAGCGUCUUGUACGAUAUUGCCGAGUCCGUGGCACACGUGGACCUGGAUCGCGCCAUUGAGCGAUGUGCGGCAGAAGGGGUCAUCAUCAAGGAGUCUCAUGCAUGCACCUAUCGCUUUAGCCAUGACCAAUUGAAAGAGGCUGCAUAUAAUCUGGUUCCCCAAAGCGAGCUUCCAAGUCUUCAUGUUUCUCUCGGGAGGUUUCUGUGUGAAAUAUUGUCCAGAGACGAACUAGAAAAGUACAUUUUUGUGGUGGUGGACCAAAUGCGUAUUGGGAUGGACCGGGUUUGUAGUGACUUUGAACGAAGCCGGCUUGCAUCCUUGUGUUUGGUAGCCGGUAGGAAGGCUAUGACAUCAAGCGACUUCAAUACCACCUUAAAAUUUCUGGAGCUUGGUAUUAGUCUGCUGGAUCUACGACAAAGCUGGCGAGACGAGUACGAACUUACGUUAAGUUUGUACAACACAAUUGCCCAAGCGACAUGUUGUUUGGGCCGGAUUGACAUAGCUGACAAAGCUGUAGCCACUGUCAUUGAAUAUGCUCGAACGUUUCAUGAUACAGUUCACUGCCUGAUGCUUCAAAUCUAUACCUAUGGAACCCGAAUGCGACUGAACGAUUCGAUUGACCUGGGACUGGAUGUGUUGGAGAGACUAGACGAACCAAUUCCGAGGAAUGCUAAAACUCAGCAGUUUGCAAUUGAGUUACUAAAGGUGAAACGGAUCCUCAAAAAGAAACCUGAUACUGCCAUUGCUGGCUUGCCUGAUAUGACUGAUCCUGUCAAAUUGUCGGUCAUGGGCGUGUUGAACCUUCUGAUUGCCCCGUGUUUUAUUGCACGGCCAAAGCUAUUCCCAUUGGUCGCAUUCAAACUUUUCAAACUGACACUUAAUCAUGGUGCUUCGGCUGUAUCUUCGAUGGCUUGUGCCGGUGUUGGUAUAGCCAUGGCCAAUGUUGGAGAUCAUGACACAGCAUAUCGACUUGGUCAGCUCGCUCUUAUGUUCAUUGGCAGGUAUAAUUCAGUUCGGAAUGAUUGGAUUCCACGAGUCUACGUCGCCCAUUAUGGUUUGGUCGCACUUUCAAAGGAACGGAUAGGUCCAGUAUUGCAGAAGUUAGCCCAUGCACAUCAGGUGGGGAUGCAGUGUGGCGACGUCGAAAUGGGUACCAUUGGUCUACACAUGUGCCGCAAGUACUCUUGGAACGUUGGAUACUCUUUGAUUGAAUUGGAACCAAAGAUGAAAGCAGCAUUGGAUCAGAUGAAAGCCCAGAAUCAACUAUUGUGGUACGAAAUGACGCAUACUUGCUACGAGGCAAUACUGAUUCUCAUGGAUAGGACGAACAACCCUGCUGUUACCAACGGUUGCCUGAUGACUUUUGAAAAUGAAAAGGGAUCCGACAGGUUCAAUGAAAUUCUACAAACUGCGAACCUUGAGAUUGAAAUCUAUCUCUGUGAGGCAGCCGCACACAAAAUGGUAGUCUUGUACCACCUUGGAGAAUACGGCAAGGCAUUGGAAAUGGCCAAAAGAAGCAGAAAUGCAAGAAAGAUACUUGGAACUUCAAUGGUAGUUUCAUACCAAGUUGCGUAUGAUGCAUUUACCUGCAUGGCCGUACUGAGGCAACGAAAUACCUCUUCGCCUAUCCAAAAGAAACGACUGCUCGUUCAAGCUCGCAAUUGCUUAGCGUAUCUCAAGAAGAUGGCCGUAUCAGUACCAGAAAACUACCUUCACAGUAUCCGCUUAAUCGAGGCAGAGAUAUUAGCCUAUCAGCGCAAACCACAGCAAGCUGUUGCAAUGUAUGUGAAGUCCCAAGAACUGGCCCGUGAACACGCUUUUCUUGGUGUCUUGGCCAUUGCCUUCGAUCGGGAAGCAUUUGCACGGAAGGAAUUUGGUAUGGAAGGACAAAUGGAAUGCUAUCAAAAGGCGAUUGGAUGCUACGAAGAAUGGGGUGCUUUCGCGAAGUCAUCUAAAAUGAAACAGUCGGUGGAAAGGGACCACUCGACACCCAGCAACUGA